GACAAGGUCAUCCCCAAUUCGUGUUGUUUCUUGCCAAAACAUUGGGAAUUUGUUCCUGAAAAACCCAGAAUUUCUUAUUACAAAAGGAGAAUCUAUCCGAUCCACUCGCAUCACACUUUGUGGACAUACUCAGGAACAUUAUCCUGCAAAAGUUGUCUCGAUAUUCCGUAGAAAAAACACGAAAUCCAAAUGAAAAUGGCACGCAAAGAAGCCCACUCUUCUUUUCUCAAGAACUCAGUCAUGGAGUUGGAAUGUCGAUAUUGCUCAAAUUCACUCAGUGCUAGGGGGAUGAAAGCUAUUCUUUUGGCCGACGUUAAUGUGCAGCUUUAUUCUACAGAUUUCCCACCAAAAGGUUCUGUAGGCGUGGUCGAUGAUAUACGUUCAACAGACAAAUGUGGCUGCCUUAUAAAAGACACGGCUUGUUAUGGAUGUGGUAAUAUAGUAGGCUACAAUGUCUCACAGCCCUGUCGUCCAUGCCUGGAGUCGUGCAAUAAUGGCCACUUCUGGAUGUUUUACAGUAGUGCAGUCAUGGGAUACCAAAGGUUAAACAAAGCAGCUGAUGAUGCAUUAGUUUGGGGAGACCUCUUGGACAAGAAAGCCAGACCAAUUCUAGAAACAGAAUGUGCCAAAACAGAUGUGUUGGACGAGUGUUGCAGAUAAUCACCAGGCUGUGCUCUCAUGGGACUCCAGUGUUCAGUACUCUAGAAUAAAACUGUGUGAAUCCCUGGAAAAUUUGGUUGCUGGGAUUUUCAUCAUAGCAUUUCAAGUCACAACGACAUUCUGUUUAAUUUUGCAUCUCUUCACUUCAAGUGAAAGACAAUGCCAAAAUUUCUCAACAAAACUUACAAGUUUGGCUUGUUAUUAUGCCCUGGGAAAGGCUUUCCCAUUGUGUAAUUAAGUUGUUUUGCCAUCAUUUUCUCAGGAGUGAUAAGUCUCAAGUUGUUUGAUGUUCCCACCUCUGGGAGGAAACAAUUGUUGGUUGUGUGUUGUUGGAUUGAUACAUUUCUGUAAAUCAAAGUAAAUUUGGGUGUCAUGUCCCACUAUUGUAAAAAAAGUUUUGCUACCGAAUUCUAAGUGUUCUCUCUUCAUAAUAUAAAUGACAAAGAAGUUUUUGAAUUUGUUGUUAAAAGUUGGUAAUUUUUCUUCAAAAAUGUCUUCAGAUUUAUUGAGUUGUCUUCUACUUUUAAGAUUAUUUCUUCAUACUAAAUAUUCUAAAGCACUGUUUAUUUAUUAGCGCUAGCGGGCAAUGUGCUGCAACUAAAGAUAUUUUGAUCUUGCAAUCUCGAGUUCCAUCUAUUUUAGCAAAUACCUGGAGGCUACUUUUUGACAUAGGAUUACACUAAAGAUGCUACAUUACAAUUUAUGAUUGCGGUACAUGUAAACAGGCCAACCUACAUUUUACUGUACUUUACUGUUCCAAGAAGAAAAAUGUAAAUAAAUUUGAAUUGAAUGAUUGAGAUAAAUUGGUAUCAUUGGAUCACUUAAUACUAUUCUGUAAAAUGAUAUUACUAAACGGAUUUUUUUGCAGCAUAUAGCAAUGUCCAUCACUUUUCGAAAGUUGAUAGUCUUUAAAAUCAUUUGUUUCGAAGUGAUGGUCAUUAAUGAAUUUUACUCCUGUCAGAUUCACUAUCUCUGGAGCUGUGCUAUCAAGAAGGAGAAUUCUUUAUUUACAUGUAAAUAACAUUUAUUAUUUAUGAUAAAGCUACAAAUGUUUUGUAAAAACCUUGAAAACUCAAACAUUUCUUCUGAAAUGUA